CGCCCGCAGCCGGAGAAGACGGGGCCCCGCCGGCCGCGGGCUCCUGUGCCUAGUCCGUUGUUCCGCGCGUCUGUCCGUGCGCGCGUCUGUCCGUGCUCGCGUCCAGGCCGCCGGCUUCGCCUUCGCCAUGGAGCCCUGGCUGCGGCUGCUGCGGCUGCUGGGGCUGCUGGGGCUGCUGGGGCUGCUCCCGGGCUCGGCCCCCGUCCCCGCCCAGCCCCGGGCCGUCGGCGCUCAGGCCUGGGAGCCGCCGUCCCCCGAGCUGCUGGGGCCCGCCCGCUUCGCCCUGGAGACGUACAACCGGGCGGCUGGGACGCGGGCCGUGCUGGGGGCCGUGCGCGGUCGCGUCCGCCGGGCGGGCAAGGGGUCGCUGUACUCCCUGGAGGCGAUCCUGGAGGAGCAGCCCUGCAGAGACCCCACGGUGUGCCAACUCCCUGUGUCCAAGAAGACCUUGCUCUGCAGCUUCGAAGUCCUGGAUGAGCCAGGAAGACGCAUGCUGCUGAGGCGGGACUGUAGCCCAGUGGAUACCAAGGUUACAGGUGCUGAGAUAGCCGGAGGAUGCGGACAGCCCAAAUCAGACUUCAGUCAGGGUUCAGCCUUGAUUUCCUGUCUGUUCCAACUCUAUCCAGAUGACAGAGACGAGACUUUCAGUUCAGUCCUUCCACUGUUGAACAAGGACCCCCUGCCCCGGGACUUUCCUGUGAAAGUGACUUCAGCCUUCAAGAAAUUUGUCUCCACCUAUAACCGGACAUAUGAGACAAAGGAAGAAGCCCAAUGGCGGAUGUCUGUCUUUGCCAGUAACCUGGUGCGAGCACAGAAGAUCCAGGCCCUGGACCGUGGCACAGCUCAAUAUGGGGUCACUAAGUUCAGUGACCUCACAGAGGAGGAGUUCCGCACCAUCUACCUGAAUCCCCUCCUAAAAGAGGAGCUUGGCAAGAAGAUGCAGCUAGCCAAGUUCACGGGUGACUCUGCCCCACCUGAAUGGGACUGGAGGAAUAAAGGGGCUGUUACCAAGGUCAAGGACCAGGGCAUGUGUGGCUCCUGCUGGGCCUUCUCAGUCACAGGCAAUGUGGAGGGCCAGUGGUUCCUGAAACGGGGCACCCUGCUCUCCCUCUCUGAGCAGGAGCUCGUGGACUGUGACAAGGUGGACAAGGCCUGCCUGGGUGGCUUGCCCUCCAAUGCUUACUCGGCCAUAAAGAAUUUGGGAGGACUGGAGACAGAGGAGGACUACAGCUACCAGGGCCACAUGCAAGCCUGCAACUUCUCGGCAGAGAAGGCCAAGGUCUACAUCAAUGACUCAGUGGAGCUGAGCCGCAGUGAGCAAAAACUGGCAGCUUGGCUGGCCCAGAACGGCCCUAUCUCUGUUGCCAUCAAUGCCUUUGGCAUGCAGUUCUACCGCCACGGGAUCUCUCACCCAUUGCGGCCCCUCUGCAGCCCUUGGCUCAUCGAUCAUGCUGUGCUGCUUGUGGGCUAUGGCAACCGCUCAGACGUUCCCUUCUGGGCCAUCAAGAACAGCUGGGGUACUAACUGGGGCGAGGAGGGUUACUACUACUUGCAUCGUGGGUCCGGGUCCUGUGGUGUGAACGCUAUGGCCAGCUCAGCGGUGGUGAACUGAGGAGCCCACUAGCUCAGGACCUGGUGCUGAACAGAGCAGCCCUUUCCCCAGCCUGAUCUGCGUAUCUAGGCCCCUCUUCAGGAGGCACAGCUGGCUGAGGGACCGGCACUGGGUACCUCAGGGUGAGCAAAGGGCACUGGGCUAGAGGCACAGCCCCAGCUUCCCUCCACCCCACUCCCACCUGAAGUUCCCCAAUUGCACCUUCAUUGAAUUGUGGUAGCUAGGAGGAUCUUGGGGUAAAGGAGCAUAACCUGAUAGCCGAAGCUGGGAUAAGAACUUUGGGCUCAGAUAAGGAGCAAGAAGAAAGUAUUCUGUCUUCAGCAGGCUCUGGCUUCCUGCCCCGGCUUUCCUCUGCAUGAUGCCAUAAAUUUUCUGCUCCUCCUGGAUUUGGGGACAGUGUCCCAUUUCACAUCCAGGAAACUUGUAACCACCCUUUUCUAACAGCAAUAAAGAGGUGUCCU